AUGAUCAGACCUACGGCGACAACCAUCAGAUCCCUUCUACUGCUGUGCUGCUCGCUGUCUCACAGCCUCAUCCAGCUCAACACCGGGACUGGAAGGCUACAUGAUGACCAACAGGUAGGAUGGUGAAGUCUUUUCAAUAUAUUAGUCAGAGAAGUAAUGCAGAUUUAAUGGAGCUGAUUCAAUUAACCAUUCUCACCUGAUGAGAAACCUUGCCUGGUGAAUCAAUUAACCAUUCUCACCUGAUGAGUAACCUUGCCUGGUGAUUUAAUUAACCAUUCUCACCUGAUGAGUAACCUUGCCUGGUGAUUCAAUUAACCAUUCUCACCUGAUGAGUAACCUUGCCUGGUGAUUCAAUUAACCAUUCUCACCUGAUGAGUAACCUUGCCUGGUGAUUCAAUUAACCAUUCUCACCUGAUGAGUAACCUGUGGAUAUACUCGGAAUACAUAUCGGAAUACAUAUCCCAAAGGAAAUAAAUGAUCUCACUUCAAUACAUUUUUAUAGAAAGUUAGCAAAAAUAGAUAAGAUCUUACUACCAUGGAAAGGAAAAUACCUGUCAAUUUGUGGAAAAAUCACCCUGAUUAACUCUUUAGUAUUAUCCCAGUUUACCUAUUUGCUUAUGGUCUUGCCUACGCCUAGCAAACAGUUUUUUAAAUUAUAUGAGAAAAAAAUAUUCAAUUUUAUUUGGAACGGCAAGCCAGACAAAAUUAAAAGAACAUAUUUAUAUAAUGAAUAUGAAUUCGGAGGACAGAAAUUAUUAAAUAUUAAAGCAUUAGACCUAUCACUAAAAUCUUCAGUCAUCCAAAAGUUAUACUUAAAUCCGAACUGGUUCUCAAGCAAAUUAGUAAGAUUGUCUCACACAAUGUUCAAGAAAGGCCUUUUUCCCUUUAUUCAGAUUACAACCUCUCACUUUCAGUUAUUUGAAAAGGAAAUAAUCUCCCAAAUGUCACUAUUUCUAAAACAAGCCAUAGAAAGUUGGUUGCAAUUUCAAUUUAAUCCUCCAGAAACGACAGAACAAAUAAUGCAACAAAUAUUGUGGUUAAAUUCAAAUAUACUAAUUGACAAAAAACCUUUAUUUUUUGACAGAAUGUUUAAAAAAGGUAUAAUCUUCGUAAAUGAUAUCAUCGGUAGGACUGGUGGAGUUAUGUCGCACAUGCAGCUAACAAAAACAUAUGGAAAUGUCUGCUCUACCCAAAAUUACAACCAAAUAAUUGCAGCCUUACCGCAAAAGUGGAAGAGGAAAGUGGAAGGGGGAGAAAGUAAGGAACUUGUCUGUCGGCCUUGCAUUAAAGAACAUAAUUGGUUAAAGAAAAUUGUGAUAAAUAAAAAAGUAUAUCAGUUUCACUUAAGGACCAAAGGAUUGACAGCCGUCCCAUAUAGAUUGCAAAAUAGUUGGGAAGAGAUCUUUGACGUACCGAUCCCAUGGCAUAGUGUUUAUGAACUGACACGCAAAACGACACCGGAUUCAAAAAUUAGAAUCUUUCAAUUUAAAUUAUUAUAUAAAAUUCUUGCUACCAAUAGAAUGUAAUUUAUAUGGGGGAUACAAUCUUCCCAGCUCUGCAGAUUUUGCUGAGAAGAGACAGAAUCAUUAGAUCAUUUGUUUUGGUUCUGUCCAUUUGUAGCUUGUUUUUGGACACAGGUCCAGGAAUGGCUAAAGGAUUGCAAUAUUUACCUGGAGCUAACCCUGCAGAUAGCACUACUGGGUGAUCUGAAAAGUCAUAGUCAAUCAAUCAAUAAUAUAAUAAUACUUUUAGCAAAAAUGUUUAUUUUUAAUUCACAAUCUGUAGAAGCAAUGAGAAUAGAAAGGUUCAGAACUUUUGUAAAACAUCACAGUACAGUUGAAAUAUAUAUGGCAAAUAGAAAUCCAAUAUGGAUGGUGUUAAGAGAUAGAUGGGAGGUGUUGAAUGGAGCUGAAGGAUGGGACUAAUAACAACUAACAACAACUAAUAACAACAAGAUAACUCAUGUAAAGCAUACUGUGUCCAUAAUAAGUAUAUAGGUUAUAGGUUGAGAGCUUUUGUGAAAGAGCACAGUUAGAAAGAUAUGGCAUUUAGAAGCAAACCGGAUGGACAUCAUGAAAAUGAUCGGAGAGGUUGAGAGUAGAAGAAGUUCAGGAGCAAAAAAAAUAUAUAUAUAUAUAUAUAAUAGAAUUAUUGUAAAAUGAACUCUGUCCAUAAGGUGUAGAUAGUAAGUAUAGACCGGAAGUAGAGGCCUGGGCAUUGUUGUUCACUAAUUUACUCCAAGUAGGGAAAGGAUGGUGGGGUUGAAAAGUAAUAAAGGGGAAUAUAUAUAUAAAAAACAUGGGGGAUUGGAAGUGAUGCAGACAAUUACAUUGAUAGAAGAUACAAUCUAUCUGCAAUAUUAAGCUGAUCCAUUCCCCCCCCAAAAAAAAUAAAAAAUAAAAAAAUAAUAAUAAACCAUUCUCACCUGAUGAGUAACCUUGCCUGGUGAUUCAAUUAACCAUUCUCACCUGAUGAGUAACCUUGCCUGGUGAAUCAAUUAACCAUUCUCACCUGAUGAGUAACCUUGCCUGGUGAAUCAAUUAACCAUUCUCACCUGAUGAGUAACCUUGCCUGGUGAAUCAAUUAACCAUUCUCACCUGAUGAGUAACCUUGCCUGGUGAAUCAAUAAACCAUUCUCACCUGAUGAGAAACCUUGCCUGGUGAUUCAAUUAACCAUUCUCACCUGAUGAGUAACCUUGCCUGGUGAUUUAAUUAACCAUUCUCACCUGAUGAGUAACCUUGCCUGGUGAUUUAAUUAACCAUUCUCACCUGAUGAGUAACCUUGCCUGGUGAUUUAAUUAACCAUUCUCACCUGAUGAGUAACCUUGCCUGGUGAUUCAAUUAACCAUUCUCACCUGAUGAGUAACCUUGCCUGGUGAAUCAAUUAACCAUUCUCACCUGAUGAGAAACCUUGCCUGGUGAUUUAAUUAACCAUUCUCACCUGAUGAAUAACCUUGCCUGGUGAUUUAAUUAACCAUUCUCACCUGAUGAGUAACCUUGCCUGGUGAUUUAAUUAACCAUUCUCACCUGAUGAGUAACCUUGCCUGGUGAUUUAAUUAACCAUUCUCACCUGAUGAGUAACCUUGCCUGGUGAUUCAAUUAACCAUUCUCACCUGAUGAGUAACCUUGCCUGGUGAAUCAAUUAACCAUUCUCACCUGAUGAGUAACCUUGCCUGGUGAAUCAAUUAACCAUUCUCACCUGAUGAGUAACCUUGCCUGGUGAAUCAAUUAACCAUUCUCACCUGAUGAGUAACCUUGCCUGGUGAUUUAAUUAACCAUUCUCACCUGAUGAGUAACCUUGCCUGGUGAUUUAAUUAACCAUUCUCACCUGAUGAGUAACCUUGCCUGGUGAUUCAAUUAACCAUUCUCACCUGAUGAGUAACCUUGCCUGGUGAAUCAAUUAACCAUUCUCACCUGAUGAGUAACCUUGCCUGGUGAAUCAAUUAACCAUUCUCACCUGAUGAGUAACCUUGCCUGGUGAAUCAAUUAACCAUUCUCACCUGAUGAGUAACCUUGCCUGGUGAAUCAAUUAACCAUUCUCACCUGAUGAGUAACCUUGCCUGGUGAAUCAAUUAACCAUUCUCACCUGAUGAGUAACCUUGCCUGGUGAUUCAAUUAACCAUUCUCACCUGAUGAGUAACCUUGCCUGGUGAAUCAAUUAACCAUUCUCACCUGAUGAGUAACCUUGCCUGGUGACUCAAUUAACCAUUCUCACCUGAGAGUACCUUGCCUGGUGAUUUAAUAUUAACCAUUCUCACCUGAUGAUAACCUUGCCUGGUGGAUUGAAUUAACCAUUCUCAACUGGAUGGUACCUUGGCCUGGUCAUUUAAUACCAUCUCUCACCUGAUGAUUAACCUUGACCUGGUAUCAAUUAACCAUUCUCACCUGAUGAGUAACCUUGCCUGGUGAAUCAAUUAACCAUUCUCCACCUGAUGAGUAACCUUGCCUGGUGAAUAAUUAACCAUUCUCACCUGAUGAUACCUUCGCCUGGUGAUUUAUUAACCAUUCUCCCUGAUGAGUAACCUUGCCUGGUGAUUUAAUUAACCAUUCUCACCUGAUGAGUAACCUUGCCUGGUGAUUUAAUUAACCAUUCUCACCUGAUGAGUAACCUUGCCUGGUGAAUCAAUUAACCAUUCUCACCUGAUGAGUAACCUUGCCUGGUGAUUAAAUUAACCAUUCUCACCUGAUGAGUAACCUUGCCUGGUGAUUAAUUUAAACCCAGUUGAUCUCACAGAUAUGAACCCCUCUGACACAUCUGAAUACAGAGCUCAGUGACACUGUACUGUCAUGGCUUCUUAGGCUGAUAUUAAAUCUAAUAUCUGGUUUUGGUCACUGGAAGGCUUGUUAUUUUGAUGAUGGAUAGUACAUUUCUGCUUCAUUUGAUUUCAUACAUAUAUCAAAACACUUUAUAGACGGUGUUGAAAGCUUUAUUAUUAUUUCAUACAUAUAUCAAAACACUUUAUAGACGGUGUUGAAAGCUUCAUUAUUUCUCUCAUCUUUGUCAUUUCAAGGAGCCAACUUCUUUGCGGUUCAAGAACCUGUCAUCUGUUCCUGAGGGGCUGGACGUGAGGCUGAGGGAUCUGGAUCUAUCCAACAACUUUAUCAGACAUAUAAACAGCCAGGGUCUGGGUCUUCCAUCCCUACUGAGGCUGACCCUCAGCUACAACCAGCUGGAGAUCAUAUCUGAAGGGGCUUUCAGAGAUGUGGCCCAGCUUCAAGAGCUGAACUUGGCCAGGAACGCAUUGAGCCACAAUGUGGACAGUAACAGCCGAGCUCUCGGGUCUCUCCACAGACUGAGGAGUUUGGAUAUCUCCAUGAACGGUCUGGAUGAUAAAGCGGUGGAACUCUACCUUCAUAACAAAUCAGUUCUAGAACAUCUGGAUCUCACGGGCAACGGUUUGACGCGACUCACGGCCAAGCUGUUUGCAGAGAGCCUGAGCAUGAGAAGCAUUCGCAUUGAGAACAAUCUGAUCACGGCGAUAGAGGAGGGAACGUUCGAAACGUUGAAGAAACUCAAGACCUUAAACUUAGCCAGAAAUAAUCUAGUCUACAUCUGUGAUUUUAAACUCCAUCAGGUGAAACUCUUGAAUCUUAGCAGGAAUUCCAUAGAGUUCUUUGUGACCCGUGAGGACGGUCACCCAUACGAGCUGGAGAUCUUAGACCUGAGCUACAACAACCUCCUAUAUUUCCCUAUGGUCCCCAAGACCAACCAGUUGAGAUACCUCCACUUACAGAGCAACAUGGUGGGGGCCUUAGAGACAGACACCCUGAUAUCAGAGGCAGACUCUCUGUACAGAGAACUAACGAGUGAUGAUAAGGUUAAGGAUGCUGUAGAAAACAACAACGUAUACUCCAACUGGAGACUGAUGCCGUUAGUUUACAUGGACCUCAGUAGUAACCACUUCAGGUCUUUACCUUUGGAGACUCUGAGCCAUCUGACGUCUUUGGUGACGCUGAACCUCAGCAAGAACUGUCUCCAGGACAUCAGCUAUAACACCGCGAAGGGCUGCAGCGGUCAUGUUGGUUGCUACCGCCAACCUCCCUUGACUCUUCCUUCCCUACGCUACUUCGACCUGCAGAACAACGGUCUUCGACAACUCUCCACCUUGUUCCUGGAAGCCCUGCCGAACAUAGAGACAUUAAACCUGAAGGAGAACUCUGUGAGGCCUUGUGAUCCAAAGGACCAACUGGGACCAUCUGAGACAAUGAGAGAGAAUAGUCCAACUAAUAUGUCCUCCUGUGUUUCCUUCCGGAACAUCAAGACUCUGAGACAUCUAGAUCUCCAAGACAACGGGAUCAAAACACUCCAUCAGAACACAUUUGAAAGAACCCCUUUGGUUUCUCUCAACCUGGCCAGUAAUGUAGAUGUGAUCUUGAAUAGUGGCGCACUAGAAGGGUUGCAAAGUAGCCUCCAGUCUCUGAGUAUCAGCGGUAAUAACAUGACAACCUCUGCCUUGUCUCUGCCUUGUCUGAAAGCAUUGAGACGACUCAACAUGUCCGACAACAACGUAGACGUCCUGCCGAGCACCAUCAGCUGUUCUCCUUUGACAGAACUUGACGUGAGAAAUAACGGUCUAACGUCCAUGAAUGAAUCUUUGGUUGAUCGCUUGUCUCUUUAUCUUCAUGUGUUGUAUGUCAGUGGCAACUCAUUCAACUGCUGUGACACCAAAUGGCUCGAAGCCAUAAACAAAGAGAAGGUGAAGAUUCCGGACCUAGACCACGCUGUGUGCCUCCAUGUCAACGGUACUCUGUUGACUGGCUUUCUGCGUAACCAUUCACUGCACUGUUCAUUGGAACUUAGCCCAAAAAUAACAGAACUGAACCUCGGGCAAAUAACAAUAAUAAUGUUGUUUGUGUCGACAGUAUUGAUAACAUUAGUUGUAUUUGUGAAGAAGGUUUGUUGCAACACAGGGUCAUUCAUUGUGUAA